AAGAAAUCAUUAACUUCCCUUCGGAAGAUAUUGUGGACGCGGUGGAUGAAUGGGAUCUUGCACUGGUUGGGUAUUCUCUUGGUAAGAGACCGUACUAUGAGGCGCUUCUUACUGCUGUGAAGAAUCUCUGGAAUCUCAAAGUUGAUGCUACGGUGACUUUUCCUGAAAUCAUUCCGAUCUGUGUGGAUGGCAAGAUUUUCAAUCUUAAAAUCCAAUAUGAAUGGCACCCUACCCUAUGUGCCCACUGUAGAUCGUUGAACCAUUUAUCUUCAAACUGCUCUGCAAAUCCAAACUCUGAUAUAAAUUCUAUAGCUAACCCACCCAGGGGAAGAAGCAAGAGCCGUAGACCAAGACCGCACUCUCAAAAUCCGAAAGGUCUUCUUCCUCUACCCAAUUCUUCUAACACGAUUCCUGAACUGGCUACCAAUCCGUUAGAGAAAAACGGUGAUAUCUCUUUGAACAGAGAUGACAUUAAUGCUCCAAAUUUAGAUAAUAAUGUUAUUGAUAAUUCUAAUCAAAACAUUAUUUUAGCUAAUCAUGUGGAUUACGCUAAAACCAAGGGGCUUAUUACUGAGGAUGGGGUUGGUAUUCAAUCUAUUAAUGAGAUCAUUGAGACAACGCUGAAUAUUGAGUCUAGCCCUUUAUUGGGGUCUAAGGAUCCUACUCCUAUUCUGACAGGGACUAACAUCAAGAUUCCAAAUCUCAAUUCACCCACUUCUUUGAAUUCUUCAUCUAAUGCUUCUACGGUUCGUUCUGAAGGACAAAAUGCUUUAAGAAUUUUCUCAUCUAACAAAUUUAGUGUCCUUCGAGAUGCUAAUGAAGCAGAAUCCUCCUCUUCUAUGCUUGGUGAGAAUACGGGUGAUCCUAUAGAAUCUACAGCUAAGUAUAAAAAUGAUAAACUGGAAGUUUCGACUUCUAAUAAGUUACAUUCUUCUGAUCCUUCUUCGCAAAGACAAACUAGGGGAAAGGGCAACCGGAAAGCUUGGAAUAUCAGGGGUUUUAAUAACCCUGAAAAAGUUCUCUGCUGUAGGAAUCUGGUUAAUGAGCAUAGGCUUGACUUAAUUUGUAUUCUUGAGAACCGUAUCAAUUCUUCUAAUCUCUUGGAUCCUUGGUUUUGUUCUACUCACAAGGUCGAAUUUGGAUUGAAUGGAAUUCAGAUAAAAUUUCUUUUAUUCCCAUUUUUUUCUUCCUCGCAAAUGAUCUCUGGUCAAUUGAUGAUGGGAUCUCAAUCUCUUAUGAUUCUUUCUACUGUGUACGCGUCUAAUUCCUUUGAUGAGAGGAAUAAGCUUUGGGCUGAUUUGGGAGUUGUUAAUCCUCAAGGUUCUUUGCCUUGGGUGGUGAUUUGUGACUUUAAUACAUGCAGGUUUCAGUCAGAAAAGAAAGGAGGGAAUAUCUUAGCUAUUGAUAGGCUAAAUCCGAUUAACUCCUUUAUUUUUGACAAUAAUCUGUUAGAACUCCCUUCGUCCGGCAAUUUUCACACUAGGUUCAACCAAAGGCUAGACAAUCCUAUUCAUCUAAAACUGGACAGGGUAUUAGUUAACGAGGCUUGGAUUAAUCAUUAUCCUAACUCUCACUAUCUAGUGUUGAGUAGUCUUGUAUCAAACCACACUCCUCUUAUUCUUAGAGAUCAUCAGAACUUCAAUUCUAAAAAGAGGUUUAUGUAUAAAAACUAUUGGAGCCAUAUUCCGGAUUUCUGGAGCAUUUUAUUGAAUAUUUUUCAAACUCUAGAUUUAGGGAAUCCUAUUGUCAGACUUUAUAAAAAGCUGAAGCUUUUAAAAAGAGAGAUAAAAGCAAGAAAUUGGAGUAAUUCCAAUCUUAUUGCUAAAAAAUGUGCUUCCAUGGCUGAAACACAAAGUAGAUGUCAAAGGAUGGUUGAUAAUGAUCCGCUUAAUAGAGAAUUGUGUGGAGAACUUAAAAAGAUCACAGCUGAAAUCAAUUACUACAAUUCUCUACAUGCUUCUUGGAUUAUUCAGAGAUCAAAAAUUAACUGGCUAAAAAAUGGAGAAGAGGAUUUGAAGUUUCUAUAUUCCAAGAUCAGGAAUAGAAAAGCUUUUAAUGGUAGCUCUCUUGUGGCUGUUACUCAACAUAACUAUGAUCAAGAGAAUAGUAACAUUCCAAGUAUCAUCCAGCAUUUCCAAAAUCUAUACAAUUCUGCACCUCCUGAAAUAAAUGAUGUUGGUAUUAUUCCUAAAGGUAAAACUAUUUCUGAAGAGGCUAUCAAUUCAUUAGUGAAGCCUGUCACUAAUGAGGAAAUCCGUUUAGCUAUUAAUUCUGGAAGUUCUAACUCGGCGUCGGGCCCUGAUGGAUAUAAUUUUGAUUUCUAUAAAAAAAACUUGGAGUAUUACUGGCCCUCUAGUCUUGCCAAGGCUACUGCCAUUGCACUUGUUCCUAAGAUAUCUCAUGCAGAAAAUCUUCAAGACUUUCGGCCAAUUUCUCUGUGUAAUGUCUUUCACAAAAUUAUUGCAAAAAUUUUGGCGGCUCGAAUGAAAAACAUUAUGCCUGAUAUCAUUGAGAUCAAUCAAGCAGCUUUUAUUCCCAAUAGAGUUAUUUCUGAUAACUCCAUCUUGGCUAUGGAAAUUAUUAAUCUUUUCAAAAAGAACUACAAGCUGGAUCUUUUUUGUGCUAAAUAUGAUAUUAUGAAAGCAUUUGAUACAGUAUCCAGGAAGUUUCUCUUUGCUAGAAUGGAUGAUAAAG